AGUGUAGUGAUGCAUAAUGCCAAAAGACUUUAGAUACACAAAGACAGUGCACUUAGAUAUUACUAUGUAUAGGAGAAAGUGCAACGUGCAAUAUGGCGGAAUAAGCUCACUUGGAUCUGUGAAAACGACUAAAAAUGCUGUAUUCUGCUGCCAGGCCAGUAGUUGGCGAUGUCACUAGAAACACUUCGUGCUAAGGCUGCAUAAUUUAUCGCGAUUAAACCGUACACGAUUUGGCAAAGGCUGCGCAGCUUGUCAGAGCUGUACGGCUCUGUGAUCGGUAGUAAAUGCUUCUCCAUCUGAAAGCCAAAGGGGGCUCUUGCACAGAAACUCCAGAUAAGCCCUGCCGCAGAAGUAGAUAAAACGCGUCAUAUCGCUGUAGCUGAAUAAACAGAAGACUGAAACGUUUUGAUUGAUUAAACAUGACUAAUAAAAACGACUGCCUUAUUCUGUGUAAGAAGCCACAUUAUCUCACAGAAGGAUGUUCAACUGUCCUUAUGAAGUGAGUUUGGAGUAAAAACAUGUUAUUAAAUGUUGUCUUUUGUUGGACAAGAUGUUAAUAAAUGCUUCUCAUGUCUGGAAAGAUGUUUGACGCAUGUUGCUUUUUUAAAUGUACAUUAUAAGCGACUCAAACUCGCAGUGCUUUCAGAUGGAUUAGCAUUUGUAGCCAUAUUUCAUAGACAAGCUGCGCAUAAAGAAAUAAUCGCAGCCUUUGCGAUUCCAUUAAGCGAUAAUCGCGUUUAAGUUCAGUUUUUUUCGUAUCGUGCGAUAAAUCGUGCAGCCCUACUACGCACCGAUAGACUGAACACGUAAUACGCAUGAUGUCACCAUUUUCACAAAUUCGUAUUUUUGUAGUUUACACAGAGACAAUACCCGUAUCGUUUUCAAAAACUUGCCCUUUGAAACCUGAUUUCAAAGUUUUGCGUUUUCAGGCCCCCAAAACGCCAUUGUUGUUUAAAUAAACGGCCAAAACACAUAAAAAGUUUCUCGUUUUUAGUUGAAAACGGUGUUGUGUAAACGCCCUUAGAUUAAAGAUGCUGUCACAUUUAUAGAUCUUCAGCAUAUUUUCACUGGGAAAAUCCAGCAUUUUAAUAGGUAUCCGUGCGAACUGGAAUUUCACGUGAGGGUGAACAAUUUUCCUAUUGCAGAUUUCGCAACGGGUUCACAGGGAUUUGCUGUGUUGACUAUCAGAAAGCUGCUUGGUUUGAAAGUGACAUUUGUGUUAGGCGUGCUUCAUACGUCGCUACACUAUUGACAAUGGACCAUUCUUGCCCGCAGAAUUUUGCCGCUAGAUUGACACGUCACGUAUUUGACCACUGACACAGCGUUCUAAAAAUGCAGUGCUCAAGUUAAAAGUCACAGGCAGUCAAGCUGUGGAGAAGAUGGUAGUUUGUUGAAAUAGUAUGCUGAGGUUGCAGAUCUACAGUAUUUUUACAAUACAAUACAUGAUAAAUUUAAUAACGUAUGCUGCAAACCGAGGGAUACCAUUUGAGGGAUAGCAUUUUUUUUUAAAACCGUAUUCAAAUAGUUUACCGAAACUGCACGGCAGGUUUGCAUUAAACAAAUAAGAUUUCGCAAUGCAGCUUUUGUUGUACCUGCUUCCUCAUUCAAGUCUCGUCAACAAUAUCAUAGCUUAUGCAGCACAAUGACUGUCUUUAAAUAAUUUACUCAUUGUGAAAUCUGAGUCUGUUAAACUAUUAAAAAUAGACUUUAACAGAAGCACAUGAAACACACACUAAUACAAUGUCCAUACAAAUCAACUAGUUCCCAUAAAACAAUGGCCCAAAUCGCAGUAUAUUUGCAUUCUGUUCUUCCCUUAUUUUUCCCAAACUCAAGGUCAGUUUAAGUGCUGACCAUAGCCUUUUUGUGAAACUAAAUUCUGCAUAUGGUUGACUAUUAUUGUCCCCCCGCCCCCCCAGAAACCACAGGCAAUAUUAAACCUAUAUAAGGUUCAUAGUAUGCAUUUGACUCUGAUUUGCCAGGACUUCAUUUCUGACCAAACUUUACUUGAUUCCUGAAAUAUUUUAAAUAAAUCUAAACACAUUUGCAGCUGAAAGAAAGCACUUUUUAAAUUUAUGAUCAAUCAGUGAGAUUUAUAUCAUUUCAGUCAUGGACAGCUCACCAGAAAUAUUGGAUUUUGAUUCUUCAGAUGAAAAUGGUCCCGAGAACAGUGGAAUAUUUCUGCAGCAGUGGGAUGCACAGGUUCGGCCCUACAUUGAGAUGAUUGACUUCAUGAGGCGGAUCGGCAUUGAGAGGGAACUUGCACUGCCGUCCAUUGCGGUGGUGGGAGACCAGAGCUCAGGGAAAAGCUCUGUUCUAGAGGCUCUGUCAGGAGUCGCUCUGCCUCGUGGGAGUGGUAUUGUCACCCGCUGUCCACUGGAGCUGAAACUCAGGAAGCUAAAUAGUGGGAGCGGUUGGACUGCCAUAAUCUCUUACAACGAUGUGCGAGAGACUUUUCAUGAUCCCGCACAAGUUGAAAGUUACGUCAGAAGGGCACAAAAUAUGCUUGCUGGAGAUGGAGUGGGAAUCUGUGACGAUCUCAUCAGUUUAGAGAUCACAUCACCUGAUGUUUGCGACCUCACACUGAUCGAUCUACCUGGUAUAACAAGAGUACCUGUGAAAGGGCAACCGGAAGACAUUGGAGACCAGAUUCGACGCCUGAUACUGAAAUUCAUUGCAAAAAAGGAAACCAUUAAUUUGGUUGUUGUUCCCUGCAAUGUGGACGUUGCAACCACGGAAGCACUUAGAAUGGCUCAGGGUGUCGAUCCUGAUGGCUCAAGGACUUUAGCAAUAUUGACAAAGCCAGACCUGAUAGAUAAAGGAGCAGAGGCUGACGUCUUACAAGUAUUGCAGGGUAAAGUGGUUCCUCUCAAAAAGGGCUACACCAUUGUCCGAUGUAGAGGCCAGAGUGACAUAAAUGAAAACGUUUCUCUGGCUGAAGCCACAAGACAGGAAAAAGAGUUCUUCGCCAAUCACACACACUUCGGUUAUCUUCUUGAAGAGCAGAGGGCCACAACAUCCUGCCUGGCCACCAGACUCACUAAAGAGCUGGUUGAACAUAUCAAGGCUUCACUUCCAUCUCUCAGAGAUCAAAUUCACAUCCACUUGUCUGAAGUGAGAUUUGAGCUCAAGAGUUAUGAUGACGGUCCUCCUUUAGAACCGGAGCGCAUGGGGCCUUAUCUCAGCAAGAAAAUCUUGGAGUUCAGUGACCAGAUAAGUGAGUUGUGUAGAACAGGAGAAUCAGACAAUGGGAACCUCUACUCGCUCCUUCGACCAGUGUUCAAGCAAUGGGAAUGUCAUCUGAGUAACUCCAAAGCAUCAUUCAGAGAGUCUGUAAAAGAGAUGACAGAAAAAUAUGACGAGGCUCAUCGUGGGAGAGAACUGGUGACCUUCAGUGACUACUGUGUGUAUGAAUCAAUGGUAAAGAAACAUGUUGGAAACCUUAAACGACCAGCGUUGGAUACUUUGAAGCUCAUCCGAGGUAUUGUGCAGAAGGAGUUUAGGGCCAUGUGUGAGUUGUGUUUCCCAAACUACCCUCAUCUGAGACACAUAAUACUGACCCAUAUUGAUGACAUUCACUCAAAGCAAGAAGGCAAGGUGGAGAAGAGGAUCUAUGAGUACAUUAACAUGGAGAAGCUUGUGUACACGCAGGAUCCCAUUUUUACCCAGAAAAUUGUAGACUUCAAGUUUGUGGAAAAGAGACAGGAGUACGAGUCCAUUAGUUUGGAUACGGGAGAGAACGCAACCUCACCCAACAACUGUGCUGUUUUUGACACCAGGAGUCUGACACCUGAGAAACUGAUCAUCUACUACGAGAUUGUGUAUCAGCGUCUGGCCGACUACAUUCCCAUGGUGAUCCUGCUGUUCAUACUGAAGGAAGCUGCCGUGAUGCUGCGGGCUCACGCUAUGGACCUGCGGGAUGGAGCGGAUGUUGUGAAGCUGCUCGUGGAGGACACAGAGGCUGGACGGAAGAGAGCAGACUUACACCAACGCAUGGAGCGGCUGCGUCUGGCACAAGAACGCAUCAGUAUAUACCUCUGAGACAGAAGUUGGCUCUGGUAAAGACCUAUCCAGUCACAAUGGACCAGACUUUUUUUUUUACAUUCACAUUUAUUCAUUUAGCAGACACUUUAAUCCAAAGCAUCUUAAAAUUGAGGAAUGCAGCUAGCGUUUCAUCUUAAAGAGGCAAUAAACAUAAGUAGUGCAAGUAAUACAAAGUUUCAGACAUCGUUUAGAAUAGUACAUGCUACAAAUAUAUAGUGAAAGCAUAGAUGAAGGAAAAGUGAAAGCGUAGAUGAAGGAAAAGUGAAAGCAUAUUGGAAAGGAAAAUUCCAGUGUAGUUUGUGUGGCUUUAUCAAUAGCACUUGGUUCAAUUUAAUAAUAGAUAUUAGCUUAAGUAAUAAACCCUCAUCAAGAUUAUAAGAGUAUAAAGUGAUUGUCUGUAUAAAUGACAAGGAUUGAGUGAUACUGUAGUUCACUUUUAGCCACUGCAGAAAUGAUUCAAAGUAAAACAAUGUCAGCUUAUUACAAUGUACUUAUAACCUUUUAUUGUGUUAGCUUGUGUUCAAUAAAAAAGUUUGUUACAAUGCUUUUUUUCCUGAAAUGUGUCACAGUGUGUUCUGUUCAGUUUGUUAUCAUGGACAUUCAGUUUGUUUUCACGUCACAUGCCUUCCUUUGUUUGUAAUUCCCGCCACUCCUCGGUUACUAUGAUCAUUUUAUUAUUAGUUCAUUCUGUUCAGCUGUGUUACUUGUUACCUUGUUUGUGUUCCUAUAUAAGUUCUUCCUUUUUUAUCAUGGACAUUCAGUUUGACUGACCCACCUGUCUGACAUUUCAGUAUUUUAUUUUUAUUUUCAUUUUCAUUUUCAUUCUUACUGUGUGUGAUGCAUUAUAAAUACAGUAUGACAGAUAGGAUUUCAACCCUUUGAAAUCCUAUCUGUCUUUUCCAGAAAUGUCUACCUCAAACAUUCAAAAAAUGCUUCAGUGUGUUUUGACCAUAAAAUGAAAGUCAUUGAGGUCCAGUGUUGUUUUGGACCUUUUCACAUGUCACAUGCCUUCGUUUGUUUGUAAUUCCUGCCACUCCUCGGUUACUAUGAUCACUUUAUUAUGACUUCAUUCUGUUCAGCUGUGUUACAUGUUACCUUGUUUGUGUUCCUAUAUAAGUUCUUCCUUUUCAGUCACUCCUUGUCUGUUCACUGUCUUGGUUAGUGAUUGUCUGUCAUUUACCGCAACCACCGUGACAAAUGUACAAACCUGUAUAUAAUUUU